AUGUAUUCCUCAAACACACUUUUCGCGGCUACUGCUGCUUUGUCUUUAAUUGCUCCAACUUUCGCCGCUCCUAAUGUUGCUGUGUACUGGGGUUCAGGAGCUAACCAGCAGCGCCUCAGAACAUUUUGCGACGAGAGCAGUAUCGAUAUAAUUCCUAUUGGCUUCGUCAACAUCUUCCCUCAACAGAACAACGGACAGUGGGUACAGGACUUUGGAAAUAAAUGCUGGGGAACGGAUAUCUACAACCGAUGCCCUGAGGUCCAAGAAGACAUUCCUUACUGCCAGUCGAUUGGCAAGAAGAUCAUCUUAUCGCUCGGAGGUGGAUCAAGUGGUUAUCAAUUGACUGGAGCCCCUGCUGGAACUGCAUUUGGAAAUGCCUUGUGGAAAGCUUAUGGACCAAUCCAACCAGGGUACACCGGACCUCGACCAUUAGACCGUGGGCUCUACAACACAUCAAUGGAGACUACUAUCGAUAUCGAUGGAUUUGACUUUGAUAUCGAACAUCCUUCAACUGAUGUGCAAGCCGGAUACAUUGCGGCCAUCAACGCUCUUCGUGCCAACUUCGCCACUGUCAAAACUGGAAAGAAAUACCUCAUCACUGGGGCCCCCCAAUGUCCACUUCCUGAAGCGAACCAAGGUGUCAUGAUCAACAGCGCUAAGUUCGAUUUGCUUUUCAUUCAAUUUUACAACAACGGAGCUCCCAAUGGAGGUUACGGGUGUAACGCAAGAAAUUGGGUAAACGAAAACCCAAACUGGACACCUGGCAAACCUGAGAAGAAACCUACGAACUGGAAUUACAAUGCUUGGAAGACCACAAUUGCUGGUGGAGCGAGCAGUGGAGCCAAGAUCUAUAUCGGAUUGAAAGGAGGACCUGUCAAUACUAUAGGAUCUUGCGCACCAGCAAACUUCGGUGAUUACAUCAGUGCCACUGAGGCUGAUACCCUCAUCAGCGCGUACAAGGGAGAUUCUGCCUUUGGAGGUGUUAUGUUGUGGGAUGCGACUGCUUCUAUCAACAACAAGUGCGAAUGUGCUCCUUACUACACGAUGAUUGCCAACUCGCUCAAGGGUAUCAAGCCUCCUCCAGCUGGCGGCGCCUGCCCUCUUCCGGUUACAUCGACGACAACGACGGCGAAACCAACCAGCUCAUCGACGAGCUCCAAGCCAACGAGCUCAUCUACGAGCUCCAAGCCAACAAGUUCUUCUUCCAGCUCAAGCUCUAAGCCAACGAGCUCAUCUACGAGCUCCAAGCCAACAAGUUCUUCUUCCAGUUCAAGCUCCGUGAAACCAACAAGUUCUUCUUCCAGCAGCUCAAGCUCUGUGAAACCAACAAGCUCUUCUUCCAGCAGCUCAUCUUCCAGCGUUGUAUCUACCUCGUCCAGCUCUUCGUCCAGCUCCUCUAGCAUUGCGCCAACUAGCAGCUCCAGCUCUUCGUCUAGCUCUUCAUCCAGCGUUACACCGACUAGCAGCUCCAGCUCUUCGUCUAGCUCUUUGUCCAGCUCAUCUACCAUUCUGCCAACUUCCAGCUCGUCCAGCUCAUCGUCUAGCAUCGCGUCAACCAGCAGCUCCAGCUCUUCGUCCAGCUCAUCCUCGAGCUCCUCCGUAAGCUCUUCUGCUUCAAGCACCACAGUCGACCCAACUACUUCAACCUCAGUCUCAAGCUCUGUUUCAAGCUCUGUAAGCUCCACUGUAGACCCAACAAGUUCGACGUCCGUUUCGAGCUCUACUUCAAGCUCUGUAAGCUCCAGUGUAGACCCAACAAGCUCAACCUCCGUUUCGAGCUCUGCUUCAAGCUCUGUAAGCUCCAGCGUCGAUCCUACCUCAACCUCCGUCUCAAGUACCAGCUCUACUGGCUCUACUUCAAGCACAGAAACGUCCACUUCAAGCUCCAGCUCUUCCGCUACGAGCUCAAGCGUUACUGUGGACCCGACCACUUCGACUUCCGUCUCUAGCAGUAUUUCUACUGGAACUACGUCAAGUACCGACACCUCUGCUACAAGCUCAAGCACCACAACUGAUUCUACCUCCGCUUCAAGCUCUACGGAGACCACAUCAAGCGCCACCUCCUCAGCUGACCCAACAUCAACUAGUGAGACUAGCUCUACUGAUUUGACUACCAGCACCAGCUCAAGCAAGUUCCCAACUUUCACGCCUCCUUUUGGAAACUCUACGACCACCACGUCCACUGGCCCAACCACGAGUUCAUCGUCAACUGUCGUGACUACAGUAGUUCCUACGACAAGCACAUCGACUAGCCCAUCCACAACUCCAUCAACAAUCGUGACAACUGCGGCACCUACUAGUACUGAAAUGACCACCUCCACUGUUCUGACCACCUCGGUAUAUACAGUGACCAAGUGUCCCCCAACCGUAACCGACUGUCCUCUUGGUUCAGUCGUCACCGAGACAAAGAUUCUGUACACAACCGUCUGCCCCGUCGGCUCUAUUCAGACUCCAGCGCCAGCCCCUCCUGCAGAGUACACCACAAGCACCAUCUACGCAACCAAGAUCUACACCGUCACAGCUUGCCCACCAUCAGUACCAAACUGCCCAGGUAAAGGAUCAGUCACCACCGAAAUCGUCGCAGUCAGCACCACCGUCUGCCCCGUCAGCGGAAACAGCGGUGCAGUUGCAACUCCGGCACCUGCCCCAGUUCCAUUUACAACUGCUACCAUCUACACUACCAAGGUCGUCACCGUAACAGCCUGCGCUCCAGGCGUUGUCAACUGCCCAGGCUCUACCUCCACCGCUACAAUCCCAGUGUACACAACCGUCUACCCCGUCCCAACCCUCAGCGGCACAACAACCAUCUACGACAAGUCAACCCGCUACUCCACCGUCCAAAUCACCCUGUCCCUCUCCACCGCAACCGUCCUCGCUACCCCAGUCGCACCUUACCCAACACCUUCCACCGCCGGCCCAGUCAAGUGCUACGGCACUGCCACUGGCUCCGCCUGCUUCCCAAUCCCAACAGGCUUCAGCACUGCGACAGGCGUCAAGACCGUUGAAGUCAUUCCUGUCUCACUCAUCCCAGGCCCGCUCGUUCCAAGCGUAGUCGGUGGAAACAAAGCCGUUGCGCAAACCACUCCAGCCAGCGCUCCUGCGUCGCCGGUGCCCACCGCGCCGAUUAGCACGGGUGCGGGAUCCAAGAUGGGAGCGUCUGGUUUGGCUAUGAUCGUUUGUGCUGUUGUCGGGGUUUUCGUUUUGUAA